CAUUUCUCUCCGCCUUCACUAUAACAUUUUCCAUUUUCCUUAGUUUCUCUCUUCAGUUUUUCUCCAUUUUUUUUCUGUGAGUUUUUCAGUAUGAGAAUGAGCUGUAAUGGAUGCAGAGUACUACGCAAAGGUUGUAGUGAAAACUGUAGUUUAAGACCAUGUCUUCAAUGGAUCAGAUCACCUGAUUCUCAAGCCAACGCUACUGUUUUUCUUGCCAAAUUUUAUGGCCGUGCUGGCCUCUUUAACCUCAUCAAUUCCGGCCCCGAUCAUCUCCGCCCUGCCAUCUUUAGGUCUCUAUUAUACGAAGCUUGUGGCCGGAUAAUAAACCCGGUCCACGGUUCAGUCGGGUUGAUGUGUUCAGGAAACUGGACCCGUUGCCAAGAAGCAGUUGAAUCAGUUCUCAAAGGCUCUACUAUAAUGCAAAUUCCAAUCAUCGACGAUAACAAUACAGAUCAAGAGUCUCAUCAAAUCAUGCCACUAAAAGGCUGUGAUAUUCGACACAUUUCCAAAAAUAAUUCAACUGAUAUUCACCAAGUAGUCAAAACAAGGAACAGAUUCAAGCGCAAAGCUAAAGUUGAAACUAAUGCAUCAGAGUACAUGAUAAACGAACCCGGUCCGUUGAAGUUUAGUAUUACAGGGUGGGAUUUUGACCAUCAUAUGGAGGAAGAAGAUGAGUUGAAACGUGCACCAAGUCAUGACUCGUUCUCUGUUGAAACUGUUGAACCGUCUUUGGUGAACCGGUUUGAACCGGUUCUGCCUGUGAAAUUGGAGGAAGAUGGUGGUGACGUAGGGUUAGAGCUCACUCUUGGAUUAAUGAGCCCAGCAUAAUAAUAAAAUGUUGAAGAAACCAUUUUGGCGGCUUCUGCUAUCGGUUGGUUCUUAGAUCAGCCAAGAACAAUAGGAAAAUUAGUUUCCUUUUUAUAAGUGGUGUUUCCUUUUGUUUUUUUUUUCUUCUUUUUUUU